CGACAAUUCGUCAACUGGCACAGUCCAACCUACGACACAAGUCAAAGAACUUCAUAACCACAGCAAUCCAAAAUGUUCAAAUUGUUCGUUCUCGCUGCUCUGCUCGCCGUCGCCGCCGCUCGCCCCGGUAUUUUGGCUGGCUCGCCACUGGUCUAUAGCGCACCCACCGCCAUCGUCCAGGAACCCGCCCUGGCCAAGAUUGGCGCCGUGGUGAAGAGUGUGCCCACCGCCGUCUCCCACCAGAGCGUGACCCAGGUGCACAGCUCGCCAGUUGUUGAGGAUGUGGUUGCGCCCGUUGUGAAGACCACCGUGCAUGCUGCUCCCGUGACCACCUAUGCCGCUGCCGCACCUGUUGCCACCUAUGCGGCCACUUAUCCAGCAGUUGCUCCAGUGUCCACCUACUCGGCCCUGCCCACCACAUAUGCCGCUGCCCAUGUGCCAUAUCUGAAGAGCGUGUCGCCACUGGCUUACUCUGCACCACUGGCCUACUCGGCACCACUGCUGCACCACGCACCACUGACCUACGCAGCCGGCGCCUGGUAAGAGCGAGAGAACGAAAGAUUUUGAUCGACGUUGUUGACUUGUGUUCCACCGGAAGAAAAUUAAAUACAAAACUCAAA